UGAUAUUGAAGUAACACAAAGAAGAUUUCUGAUCGAUACUCUUUCAGAAAUAUGCCCCUGGGUUAUCCAGAGAAUAGAUUUUAACUAGAGAAAACUGGUGACCUUUCUCUAGGAAAUAUGGAGGAGGGAGAAAAUUCACAAAUUAUAAGGUCUAGGCCUGAUAUUUCUGUGACCAAAACUCCCCAAUCUGACUCCUCCAUGUUGGUGAAUGAAAUGGGAGCUGCAGCCCUAUGCCUAUCCCCAAUCCAGGUUCAUGAAAAUAGUUCAAACCUCACAUGCUCUACUCGUAGUAUUCACAAGUUUUCAAGAUCUUACUCCCCUGCAAUGUUGGGGUCUAGGAGUCAGGAUCAUCUUGCUAAUCUUAGCUUUCUCACCCAAGGGGCCAGAGGUGUUAGGAUAUUCAACAACCCUAACAAGGCCUGGGCUAUCAUAUCGUCUAGUGGGAGCGGAGAGGUUCUAAUCUCAAACAGUAUCUUCCGUCAACUACUUCAAGUUGAAGAGAAGGAUAAGAAAAUAAGUCUCUGGGAGUAUAUUGAGACUAGUAGUAAACAUAAACACCAAACUAUAGAACAACUUGGCCUGGAUACAGAUACAGGUGAUACAUUGAGUUAUAACGGUGAGGUGGUAACCCUGAUGACGGCAUCGAAGACGACCCUGACCGUGAGUAUGUCUACGAGGAUUCUGGAGGACCCAACCAGGAUCCUCGUCUUCCUAGAGGUUCUUCAUAAAACUGUCGGACAUAUUGAUAUAGACUCACAAGGACUGAUCACGAAUAUGGACGAGGAAGCAGAAAAUAUAUUUCAGCAGAAGAUUACAACAUGUUUGGGAGAACAAAUACAAACUCUUAUUCCUGUUCUCAAUCUCCCAGGUCUAGCCCCUGGUAGUGUUAUCAAGGAAGCUUGUACAGGGAAGACCGAAGACGAUCUUUAUUUCCCAAUAUCUGUAAUUAUAUCCCGGGAUGAGCUGGGAUCAGCUGUUGAAUACUCAGCGGAAAUUGUUCCAUCUUGUUCUAUCACAGUUUGGGUCUAUUCAACCUUGUCAGGACUUAUUCUUCUCGAUGGAAAAGGGAUUAUUCAGGAUUGUGACCAAGGGUUGAGUGGUUUAGUACUAGGAUAUAGACCUGGGGAGUUGCAUGGGAAUAAGAUAGAGUCUGUACUUCCAGGAUUCUAUGAUGAGUUUGAUGUUCCGAGUUGCGACAGAACUGAGGAGGAUCUAGGUUGUGAGGAACUAUCCCUGUGCACUGAACUAUCUGAAGAUCAAGCUCUCUUAGAGGAUCAAGGGGAGGAGGAACAUGAUCUUGGGUGUGCCCCCUUGGAAGAAAUUAGUAUUAGUGUUGAGAACUGUUUGCUGAAUUCACCAAAUCCAGUCAGGACCAGUUUUGAGUAUCCUGGAAGCCAGGAAAUUGACCGGUCACCGGUUUUUAAGAGACCGGCUCUGAAAACCCCGGUCAAACUUACUAUGGAUAUGUUCACGUCCACUCCAGCGCACGGCCAGGAUACCCCACCCAUCUCACGGGGUUCUCUCAGUUCAACCAGAAAACCAAGAUUACGCACAGAGAGAAGCUUGGAGCGCUCAAGGAGGAAACUCAAGGAUAGAAAUCUGUUUGCUUCUGAGGAGAAAAGUUUUGAUGACUUAUCCUGUUCUCUACCCACAGGUUGUUUUUAUGGGCUGGCUAAACAUAAAAAUGGCACAGAAAUAUCCACACUGUACCAAGUCAAGAGAAUUGAUCUCAAGGGUGGAGAGACCGUGUACUGUCUGUGGUUAUCUCGCGACGAGGAUGAUACAGCUGGCAAGACACAGAACAAUCUUACUUUGGAGACGACAGGAGUUAACGAUUGUGCGCUGCGACUAGGAGCUGAUGAGAAUGCCGCGAGCGAUUGUGAACUAUCAGAAGAAAGUUUGCUUGAGGGAGACUACAAUACCAAAUAUACAACACUAGUGCAAUUGGGCAAAGGAGCAUAUGGAACAGUCUGGUCAGCUUACAGAAGAGUCGACCUUGAGUUGGUUGUGGUGAAAUGUAUUCUGAAGAAACGAGUCCUCUCUGAAAACUGGGUUAUGGGGGACCAAGGAAAAUAUAUUCCUUUUGAGGCAAGUUUACUGAUGGCACUCAAUCAUCCGAAUAUUGUCAGAGUUCUAGAGGUCUUUCAGAAUACAGCAGUAGUUCAGUUGGUGAUGGCCAAGCAUGGGGACAUGGACCUGUUCGAGUUCAUCGAUAGGAACCCUGUUAUGGACGAGGCACUUACCAGUCACAUCUUCAACCAGAUCGUUCAAGGAAUUGAUUAUCUUCAUUCAAAAGAUAUUUUGCAUCGAGAUAUCAAGGACGAAAAUGUGAUCAUUGAUAAUCGAUUCAACGUUCAAAUUAUCGAUUUUGGUUCUGCCACCUUCUUCCAACCAGGGGAUGUGUUCACAACCUUCUAUGGAACUGUAGAAUAUUGUGCACCUGAGGUUCUCAAAGGAAAUGCCUAUGAUGGACCACAAGUUGAAAUAUGGGCUUUAGGUGUUUUGCUGUACAUCUUGGUGUACGGAGAAAACCCGUUCUAUGAUGCUACGGAUACAGUUCGGGCUGAGCUUCAUCCUCCACAUCUAGAGAUAUCAAGUACGGCUUGGGGUCUGAUUGAGAGUAUCUUGGAACCGGAUCCAGAGAAGAGAGCCAGCCUUUGGUUUAUCAAGGAGCAUAGUUGGGUAACUCAGCACUGUGCUGUCGAAGACUACAGAUUUCAGGGAUAUAUAUUAAAAAGCUAGGCCUUCAGUCCAAUUAUCUUGUAUUAAUUUCACCUGUUAAAUAUCCUUAUAGCAGGUAUGGUUUCAGGACAAAAUGUUAUUGCAUCCUUUCCUUUCUAACUUUCAAACCUAAAUUUUCUUUGAAAUUUGAUGGAGUAAAUUUUUUGGCCUUUUGAUCUAGCCUAAGUCUGGUUGCGAUGGUAUUUUUUCCAAAA